AUUUCUCUCCCUAUUUGGGCACGAGGGGCGUGGCCUGCUCGGCGCGCCGCGGCUCUGGGCCUGCGCGCGCUGGAGUCAGGGGUCACGGCGGCGCAGUCCGUGGCGGGAAACGCUGUUUGAAGCGGGAUGUAUGACAAGCGGCGGCCGGGCCCGGGGGCCGGGGCCGGGGUGCCCCCGAAGCGGGCCCGCGGGGGCCUCUGGGAUGAGGAUGAGGCCCCUCGGCCAUCCCAGUUUGAGGAGGAGCUGGCGCUGAUGGAGGAGAUGGAGGCCGAGCGCAGGCUGCAGGAGCUGGAGGAGGAGCUGCAGUCGGCCCAGGAGGGGGCUGCCGACCGGCACUUCUCCCCGACAGCCAGAGAUGCCCGCUGGCUUCGGCCCACCCCACCUUCCCUGGACCCCCAGACGGAACCCCUCAUCUUCCAGCAGUUGGAGAUCGACCAUUAUGUGGGCCCAGCCCGGCCCCUGCCUGGGGCGCCUGCACCCUCCCGCAGCUCCGUGCCUGUGCUCCGCGCCUUCGGGGUCACUGAUGAGGGCAUCUCCGUCUGCUGCCACAUCCACGGCUUCGCCCCCUAUUUCUACACCCCAGCGCCCCCGGGCUUUGGGCCCGAGCACCUGGGUGAGCUGCAGCGGGAGCUGAACGGGGCCAUCAGCCGGGACCAGCGCGCGGGCAAGGAGCUCCAGGGGCCGGCCGUGCUGGGCGUGGAGCUGUGCUCCCGGGAGAGCAUGUUCGGGUACCAUGGGCACGGCCCCUCGCCGUUUCUGCGCAUCACCCUGGCUCUGCCCCGCCUCGUGGCCCCCGCUCGCCGCCUCCUGGAGCAGGGAGUCCGUGUGGCAGGCCUGGGCACCCCCAGCUUUGCGUCCUAUGAGGCCAACGUUGACUUUGAGAUCCGGUUCAUGGUGGACGCGGACAUCGUGGGCUGCAAUUGGCUGGAACUGCCCGCUGGGAAAUACGUCCUGAGGCCGGAGGGGAAAGCCACACUGUGUCAGCUGGAGGCAGACGUACUGUGGUCAGACGUGGUCAGCCACCCGCCAGAAGGGCAGUGGCAGCGAAUCGCACCCCUGCGUGUGCUCAGCUUUGACAUCGAGUGCGCCGGCCGCAAAGGCAUCUUUCCUGAGCCCGAGCGGGACCCCGUGAUCCAGAUCUGCUCGCUGGGCCUGCGCUGGGGCGAGCCGGAGCCCUUCCUGCGCCUGGCGCUCACCCUGCGGCCCUGCGCCCCCAUCCUGGGUGCCCAGGUGCAGAGCUACGAGCGGGAAGAGGAGCUGCUCCAGGCCUGGUCGACCUUCAUCCGCACCAUAGAUCCCGACGUGAUCACCGGCUACAACAUCCAGAACUUCGACCUUCCCUACCUCAUCUCCCGGGCCCAGCACCUCAAGGUGCAGGACUUCCCCUUCCUGGGCCGUGUGGCUGGCCUCCGCUCCACCAUCCGGGACUCGUCCUUCCAGUCGAAGCAGACUGGCCGGCGGGACAGCAAGGUGGUCAGCAUGGUGGGCCGCGUGCAGAUGGACAUGCUGCAGGUGCUGCUGCGGGAGUACAAGCUCCGCUCCUACACGCUCAACGCCGUGAGCUUCCACUUCCUGGGGGAGCAGAAGGAGGACGUGCAGCACAGCAUCAUCACCGACCUGCAGAACGGGAACGACCAGACGCGCCGCCGCCUGGCGGUGUACUGCCUCAAGGACGCCUUCCUGCCGCUGCGGCUGCUGGAGCGGCUCAUGGUGCUGGUGAACGCCAUGGAGAUGGCGCGCGUCACCGGCGUGCCCCUCGGCUACCUGCUCACCCGCGGCCAGCAGGUCAAGGUGGUGUCGCAGCUGCUGCGGCAGGCCAUGCGCGAGGGGCUGCUGAUGCCCGUGGUGAAGACAGAGGGCGGCGAGGACUACACGGGAGCCACGGUCAUCGAGCCCCUCAAAGGGUACUACGACGUCCCCAUCACCACCCUGGAUUUCUCCUCGCUGUACCCGUCCAUCAUGAUGGCCCACAACCUGUGCUACACCACGCUCCUGCGGCCCGGCGCCGCCCAGAAACUGGGCCUGACCGAGGACCAGUUCAUCAAGACGCCCACCGGGGACGAGUUUGUGAAGACGUCGGUGCGCAAGGGGCUGCUGCCCCAGAUCCUGGAGAACCUGCUCAGCGCCCGGAAGAGGGCCAAGGCCGAGCUGGCCAAGGAGACAGACCCCCUGCGGCGGCAGGUCCUGGACGGGCGGCAGCUGGCACUGAAAGUGAGCGCCAACUCUGUGUACGGCUUCACCGGCGCCCAGGUGGGCAAGCUGCCGUGCCUGGAGAUCUCCCAGAGCGUCACCGGGUUUGGGCGCCAGAUGAUUGAGAAAACGAAGCAGCUGGUGGAGUCCAAGUACACAGUGGAGAACGGCUACAGCGCCAGCGCCAAGGUGGUGUACGGCGACACCGACUCCGUCAUGUGCCGGUUUGGUGUCUCCUCCGUGGCGGAAGCGAUGGCUCUGGGGCGGGAGGCUGCAGACUGGGUGUCCGGCCACUUCCCCUCCCCCAUCCGGCUGGAGUUUGAGAAGGUCUACUUCCCUUACCUGCUCAUCAGCAAGAAGCGCUAUGCUGGCCUGCUCUUCUCCUCCCGGCCCGACACCCAUGACCGCAUGGACUGCAAGGGCCUGGAGGCUGUGCGCAGGGACAACUGCCCCCUGGUGGCCAACCUCGUCACCGCCUCCCUUCGCCGCCUGCUCAUCGACCGAGACCCCGAGGGCGCCGUGUCCCACGCACAGGACGUCAUCUCGGACCUGCUGUGCAACCGCAUCGACAUCUCGCAGCUGGUCAUCACCAAGGAGCUGACCCGCGCGGCCGCCGACUACGCCGGCAAGCAGGCCCAUGUGGAGCUGGCCGAGAGGAUGAGGAAGCGGGACCCCGGGAGCGCGCCCAGCCUGGGAGACCGGGUGCCCUACGUGAUCAUCGGGGCCGCCAAGGGCGUGGCUGCCUACAUGAAGUCCGAGGACCCCCUGUUUGUGCUGGAGCACAGCCUGCCCAUCGACACGCAGUACUACCUGGAGCAGCAGCUCGCCAAGCCGCUCCUGCGCAUCUUCGAGCCCAUCCUGGGCGAGGGCCGCGCCGAGGCCGUGCUGCUGCGGGGGGACCACACACGAUGCAAGACCGUGCUCACCGGCAAGGUGGGCGGCCUCCUGGCCUUCGCCAAGCGGCAGAGCUGCUGUAUCGGCUGCCGCACUGUCCUCAGCCACCAAGGAGCCGUGUGCAAGUUCUGCAAGCCCCGGGAGUCGGAGCUGUAUCAGAAGGAGGUGUCACACCUGAACGCCCUGGAGGAGCGCUUCUCGCGCCUGUGGACGCAGUGCCAGCGCUGUCAGGGCAGCCUGCACGAGGACGUCAUCUGCACCAGCCGGGACUGCCCCAUCUUCUACAUGCGCAAGAAGGUGCGCAAGGACCUGGAGGACCAGGAGCAGCUUCUGAGGCGCUUCGGCCCCCCUGGCCCCGAGGCCUGGUGACCCCUGACCUCCGCAGGCCUCCCAGGAGGGCCCUGCCGGCGGGGACCGGUGGAGAACUAAUAAAGUUUGGACCUUUUGUUA